GUUGCAAAGAAAGUUGAUGGAAUCAGAAUCUAUCUAAGUAUACAUUCUCUGAUCAUUAAAGCCUAUAAAAUGCCAUGUUCCUCAAACUAAAAACUUCACCAAUUCCUUUCGCUCACCAGUCUCUUGUCUUCUCAGGUGGUAAGAGAUACAUAAAGAGAAAGAUGAGUUGGACCGGAGGAGAUUGGCUAUGUGGUGCGUGUCAACACGCAAACUUCAAAAAAAGAGAGUCAUGCCAAAAAUGCGGAUACCCCAAAUUUGGAGGGGUAGAUGUGUCAACGUACUUGUACAACAGGACCGAAGUUAUGGCUGGUGAUUGGUAUUGUGGUGCAUUGAAUUGUGGGAGCCACAAUUACGCAAGCCGAACAAGUUGCUACCGAUGUGGAAUGGUUAAAGUCGAGUAUACGGAACAGUACUACGGUGCUCAAAUGGUUGCUUACGGGAAUGAUGGCACAGCUUGUCCUCCCGGAUGGAAAACUGGCGAUUGGUUUUGUCCUAGGGUCGGUUGUGGGGUUCAUAACUACGCAAGCAGGGCUGAAUGCUUCAAAUGCAAGACAACAAGAGAUUAUGGUGGCGUCUAAAUGGAUGAGGAAGAGCUUAUGAAGAAUCUCUUGUUUUAAUUGUACCUUACAACAAGUGUUUCUACUUUCUAACAUGCAUGACGCUUUCUUACGUUGACUUGAAAUGUGUACCAAGUUGAAACUCGUGCAAAUUAAUGUAACUACAAAUUGUUGCAAGCACGUGAUUAAAACAAUUAAGGCUUCAAAUGAGACCUAGCUA